GUAUUUUGUUAUGGAUCAGCCUAACCUGAACAGCUACCUGGAGCUGAGUAGUGUUGGGACAGGAUGCUCUCAGAAGGGAGAUCUCUGCAUAUGCAAUUGUGCACACAAAAGAAAUGGGAAGGCCACAAACUCCUUUAAAAGAAUCAACGCUGGAGCCAUGGACUCAGCCACAGCCUCAGCGCCGUGUCACGUUUCACCUACCAGAUGGCUCCCAGGAAAGCUGCAGUGACAGUGGACUUGGAGACCAUGAGCCCAGCAGUGGUGCCAGCACAUCGCACCCGCUGCCCCUCGGCUUCCCGCAGGAGGAGUACUAUGAGCAAGCAUCACCCAACAGCCGGACAGAAGGAGACGGAAACUCAGACCCUGAGUCCAGUAAGUGACAAACUCUGGUCAUGUUGGUCAUUAAAUCACUUGAAUAGCAGAAGAG